GAUGUCAUCUGUCUCCCUUCGUUCGAUCAACGGAAUCUGAUAUCGCGCAGAUAUGAGCCAGCCACCCGACUAUAAUGCCCCUGAUACUGGAGCUGUGGAGUAUUCCAUUUAGCCCCGUAAAAAUAAACCCCCCAUUGCACCUUGGCCAAUGACAUUCCUUGUUCUUAAAAGUAUCAUACUGCAAUAUUUAUCCCCUCAAAGCCGAUUACCCCCCAUGAUUAACCCGCCCGCUGUCAUCUGAUACGGUCACGCCUUUGCAUGAAAGCGGAUUUGCAAGGGCGUCUUUGAGGUCUUAGCCUGGCCAUCUUGGCCUCUCUCGUUCCCUCCUGACCUAACCCUUCUCCAUAAUCAGGAAAUUUUUGGUCCUCGCCACCCCCGGAAAGUAUGAACCGAGGUUUGCAUAGGGGCGAGUAGUAUAGAUCUACAGUUCCGUCUAUUCCCUCUCCUGACCACUGUUGCGCCUUAAAUAGCAGACGUCUUGUACCUUUCACCCGCUCGUAUUUGGCUCUCCCAGUUCAAUGGGAAGCUUGCUAUCUAGAAAUCUUCUGUCUCAUGCCACUUCCUCACUCCGAGCGAGUCGCUAUCGUUGGCGGCGGCUGUACUGGAAUCGCUUGCUUCUGGGCCCUGCAGCAUUCCGCGCAUGAUGUUCAUCUAUUUGAAGCUUCGGCAAACUUGGGUGGCCGUAUCAAGACCCUAUCAUUUGAACACAAUGGAAAAGAAGUUAAUGUGAACACGCAAUCGCCAUCCUUCAAUACCGAGGCUUCUCCCAACCUCGUGAAUUUGCUUCGCUGCCUUGGAAUUAGCACAUCCACUCUACCAUUCUGCUUCGCUGCCUCAAAUGGUGUAGAUACUUAUGACUGGUGUAGUGGCAUUUUGAGAUCUAUCCUCCUGCACCCGUGGAUGCUAUACAGCUUAAGAGCCUACCGUUUAGUGCUCGACAUUAUAUGGUUCAACUAUCUAGCUAUGGACCUCCUGGGGGGCAACUAUCGGUCUCGUGAGAGUGCUGAUGUCGAGCCAUCGCCUACCGCGCAUGAAUAUCUCUCAAAGGAAGGGUACUCGAAGAGUCUUUGCGACAAUUAUCUAGCACCCCUACUUUCAACCCUAUGGGGUACGAAUGUUGGAAGGCUACUACCGCAAUUUCCUGUGAAGACUCUCAUCCGUUGCUUAUGUGACCAUAAGCUCUUUGGCACACGGCGAACCACGCCAAACUUUCGGCGUAUUGAUGCCGGAACAAGCCAUUUUAUUCAGACCAUGGCCAGGGAUUUCCCCUCUGGGAAUGUGCACCUCAAUACCAGCGUCACGGAGGUAGUUCGCUUAGGUAAAAAAAUAUAUAAUCUUUCUACAGCUGAUGGUAGAGAACUGCACUUCGACCAUAUCAUCUUCACUGUGGACAACCAUGAGAUCCUCAAGAUACUGGGUUCUAGCAUGGACGCCGAAGAAGAGGACAUCAUCCAGGGACUCAGAACAACCAACAAUAUUGCCGUCUUACAUUCAGACCCUCUUCUCAUACCCAACACCGACCGGCCCAGGCCCGCCAGCAACUAUAUCACGGCUUCCACCAACAACAGUCAAAAUAAGUCCGAGUCCCGGAAAUCCAGCCUCACGUACAACGUAAAUUUCCUCCAAGACGUCCCAACCUGUCUCUUCGACCGGCUCUUUAUCACCCUGAACCCAUUUACCCCACCGCAUCCUCGUUUCGUACACAGCGUAUGGGAAUUCACCGACCCCAAACUUAGCACAGCAACCCUCCUAGCUCAAAGCCGCCUCCCUUUGAUCCAGAACAAGAGAGGGUUAAGCUACGGCUUCCGUUGGAGCGGACGUGGGUUUCUCGAAGACACCGUUACGUCCGGUCUUGAGAUCGCGAUUGAGCAUUUAGGCGCUCGGGUCCCGUUUGAGGUCCAGUACCAUUCUGAUCCUCUGGACUUAUCGGGAUCACACCCCCUAGAACUAGGACUGAAGGAGCACCUUGUCCGGACAGUGCUUUGUCUAAUCAGGGUCUAUGUUCUAAGUUUUGAGAUCUCGUGGAUCCUGUUGGGGGCGCUUGGGUUCCCAGUGUCCAGAAUUGGGGCUAAGUUCGAGUGGGUGCUGGGCGGGAAUAAACCCUGAGUCGCAGGUUUGGUGGUAGCAGGUUUGGUGGUAGACAGCUCUAUAGAACUGGAUUCUAUAGUAGGAAAUCAAAUCAGUGAAAACGUAAGACUAGUUUGACAUUAACGUAAAACGACUAUGAUGGAUCAUUCGCCUGGCCAGUACAAGAUACAUCAGACAUGGUAUACAUAUUGUUCA